AGGCUUUGUUGCACCCUCUCCCCUGGACAGCAGGACAUUUGCCGCGGAGUUACCAAAAAGAAAAAGGUUCAUUUGGAGCGAGCGCCGCAUUGUGACGGAGUGGGUGUUUUUGUGUCGCGCAUGCCUCAGCAUCAGCAAUGUGAAUUUCUGAAAUAAUUAAUUCGGUGCUUUGGAAUGCCAGUUUAAGGAGUUUCUACUUCUUAGAUGCCAAUAGUAGAAUUGUGUUGCGGACGUUUAGGAAAGAGAGAGCAUUCCAUGGAUAUAUUAAUUUUUGGCUUGUAAACAAACUGAAGGAAGCAUUACCGUGACAUAAUUGGAGUCCAGCACAAUGCACAGGCCUGUCGUGUGGUAUCCCUAUAACCAAAAAGCAGCUGCCUGUGAAUCGUCUCAGAACUGUCCCACCAGACCCACCUUGACUCAAAAUAACUUUGUGCCUGCUUCAAAUCCGCUUGAUGGCGGACCGAAAAACUUUUCCGGGUUACCAGCAGCAUCUCUUCAGAACACCACCAAAAAUUGGCAAGCAUCAAAAAAUGUUCAGGUUAAUAGUAACUUUCAGUUUGGCAGUGCAGCUUCAGAGUCUUCUAUUCAGAACACAAACAGACCACCCACUGCCAGUGAAAGAGGGACAACAAGUGACUCAUUGUCUGCACGCCAGGCUUUUGCAAAACCAAGUUCUAAAUUCAGUGCAUCUUCCAAACCAGCACAUUCUGAGAGCACUUCACAUUACCUAAAUGGGUUGUAUUACAUGACCAUUCCAGUGACUGCAAGUAAUCAGAAUAUUACAGGUGGAAACUCUGGACCAUUGACGUCUUCCCAUGUGGGACAGCAAAAUUACUUUCCAAACAAUAUUUCAUCACUAGUAAACUACAAUGCAAGUAAUCCUCUGACUCUUCAAGUUGCAUCAGGUAAUCCUAUUAAUACGAAUAGAAAUUCCAUGUCCGGAUUGCCAUCUUCCCAGAUGGGACAACUUCAUUACUUCUCAACCCAGCAAUCUUCUGGAAGCAAUACAAAUGUUCCUCCGAAUGUCACAAUAACACCAAACAAUCAGAUUACAAAUGUAAUUUAUUCUCCAGUUGUGUCAUCUUCCCAGGUCGGACAAUACAGUUACUUUACAAACAGUUAUCGGGGACACCAUCAUGGAAACGAUACUCAGAAUAUCCCAGGGACGCCAAGCAAUUGGGGAGUUGCUGUAAGCCCCGCCCAGGUGGGACAACAUUGCUAUGCAAGCCAGCAAUCUUCACUGGCACCAGAAUACCACAAUAGAAAUGGUCAUCAGGAAAAACAUGAUACUAUAAGGAAUGAAAAAACAGCUGCGGUAUCCACCCAGAUGGAGCAUGAUAACUGUACUAACAGGUUAUCCCCACAAGGACCAGUGAACUGCAGUCCUGAUAAUAUUCAGAAAAUUGCAGUUGGAAACACAGCUCCAGAUUUGAAUUCCGUCCAAGUGGGACAACAAAUGUGUUAUUCAAACCAGCAAUCUUCACUCAUGCCUGUGAAUUACAAUCGAAAUUUUGCUCGGAAUAUCUCAACUGUCAACAAUCCAGAUACACCUGGAAGUUCUGCUCCAGUGAUGACGUCUUCCCAGAUGGAACAACAAAGUUAUUGUUCAAACCAGCAAGCAACACUCUCUCCUGUAAACCAGAAUUUAAAUGGUGCUCACAGUAUCCUGAUGACCUCUAAAAAUCCAGUUACAACAGAAAACUCAGCUGCGGUUGUGGCGUCUUCCCAGGUUGGACAACAAAAUUAUUAUCCAAACCUGCAAGCCAUGCUUGGUCCUGUAAAACACAAUUUAACUGUUGCUCACAGUAUCCCAGUGACUCCUAAAAAUCCAGUUACAACAGAAAACUCUGCUGCAGUUACGUCGUCUUUCCAGGUUAGACAACAAAAUUAUUAUUCAAACCAGCAGGCCAAGCUCGGUCCUGUAAAACACAAUAUAAAUGGUGCUCCGAAUAUGACGAUGACACAGAAAUAUCCUGUUACAACUACAAACUCUAGCCGUUUGGGACAGCACGCCUACUUUGUAAACCAGCAGUCAUCUCUAGGACCAGUAAACCACAAUGGGAAUGGUGUUGAAAAUAUCCCGGGGACAGCAAGAAAUGAAAUGACUUCCGAAGUAGGUAACCUUGAUUAUUCAAACCAAAAAUCUUUACAAGUCCCAGAAAGUCACAAUACCAAUGGACCUCUGGAAACUAACCCUACAGUGACAGAUCUUGUCUCUACCAAUGUAUUUGACUUAUUGCUAAAUACAGUAGUGCCGUCGCAUCUUUUGCAGAAGCAUAAACAAUCUAGUGUUUCAUCAGUGCAUCAAAACAGUCAACCUGCUGAUGCUGUCAAAUCCAAAGAAAAACCACCUCCUCCAUACCCAAAAGCACAAGAAGAAGCCUUCUUGGUUACAGUGAAAAAAAAUUCUCGGGGAGUAGGGUUUGUUGCUAAAAAUGUGAUCUAUAUUGGCAGAAAUCAUUCUGGUGGGAGCACAUCACCACAGACCUGCUCUACACAGCACAUGACCGACAGAAGUCAAACAUUGCAACCAACUCCCCAGAAUGUGUCUCCAGGUGUCUCUACAAAAGCUGGCAACAUUAAACAAAUCGGACAGCUUAUUAACAAAAACAACAUGGAGCGAUUUACAGCUCACCAUUCCUCUGCAAUUCUUAAGCGAAUAGAGACUAUUUUAUCUAAAGAGAAUCUGCAUAAAUCUACCAGCCAGCAACCUCCUGUAGAUGCCCAGGAGAAUAACCUUUCUCUGCAAACGAAUAGAGAGACUUCUGUAGGGGAGUCGAUAACAAAUACUACAGUGGCCACUCGCACCCGUCCAGCCGAACAAGUUGAUCUGUCUUUUACGAGUCAACUACAAAAUGAUGUGAUGGAGGCCAUCCACAGCAUUUUUACACAACAAACUGACUGUCAAACAGCAAAGCCAUCCACUGCAGAGGCAAACGGUUCCAAUAAUUUGACAACUGCAUUGGUUCAGGAGAAUGGUGAGCAUGUGAAUGUACAGCAAGCCAAAAUUGCAUCUUCGGUAAGCAACCAAGAGGAUGCAAAUGUAGGGAAUGUAUUGCCUUCUACUGAAGACGAGGAACUAAAACAAAGUUUGAUUGCUAAGCUCUUACUUAGCUCAUGCUUGACAAGAACAAGUGAGCCACAAGUUGCGAUUGUUCCUCCAAUAUCGCAGCAAUGCACAGAUACUGCAUACAAAACAGAAUCUGAGGAAACGGAUAAUGAUUUACCGUUUAAAAUCACAAAUGUCUGUUCCCUAGCAGAAGCAAACUUUGAUUUGAAACCAGAAGCUAAUUUCAAGACAGAUAUUCCAGUAACAGUCUCAAAAGAUCAAGGAGCGCCUGCAUCAUCCUUUACAGUAGCUUACUCCAAUACUGAACCUUUAGAUGAUAGAAUGGAUGAAAUGUUUCCAGGCUCUAUAUCCAGAGAUGUGAAAGCUCAAUCGAAUGGCAAUGAAUGUGUGGUUUCUGAAACUAUUCCAGGUCCUGAUGAAGAUCUGGAGUUACCAUUAUGCACCAUUUCACAAGUUGUCUCCUAUUCGCAAUUUCAAAAUGUAACUACAGACAAUCCUGUACUUGUAACCAAGGAUUUAGAAGCUCCAAUUUGCACAAUUUCACAAGUUGUCUCAGAUGCCCAGUCUCCCAAUUCAACUUCUGACAACGUUCUGGUAUCCGUAACAAAAGAUCAAUCUGCACCAGCUGACAAAAUUUCAGAAAAUGUUCCAGUACCUGCUACAAAAAACAAUAAACUGAGUGACACUAGGGGAGUUGAAAUCCAUUCAAGCCUUUCCUCCAUGGAAUCUGAUACAAAAAAUGAUGUGUUUGACUUGUCUACUGUACCAGUAAAUUCGUGGUCUCUCAAACUGUUAAGAGUUUUAAUUGAAACUUUUUACAAAUCUGAAGAUCUUCUUCCAUCACAGACGUGUGUCGUGGAAAGUAUAAUAAAUCUGUACUGGGGUGGAGAAAGUGAAGCAUUUUAUAAAGACUUCAAAAAUGCAAACAAUACUAUGGUUUCCAUGUGUAAAUUUUGGCAUUUUACCAAUACCAGCCAGCAAGAGGAGCAUGAGGCCAAAUGUUCAACUGUAGGAACGGAUGCAUCGGAACAUUUGUUUUAUGAAGUAAAGCCAGAAUGGUUCGAGAAAAUAGCGGAUCAAUGUCGGAUUAUGGAACCUGGGGCUUCUGAAUCCGUUGAUCUGGUUUAUAAGUCAUCUUGGUUAAAUCUUAAUGAGCACUUUGAUAUAGACAAAGAAUGUGGAAACCUAUUGUCUCUGAACUUCAGAGACUGUACUGGUGAAGAAGUGAAACAUCAGAAGACAGAUGCAGAACCAGACCUUCAUGCAAAUGAGAACGAGUUGGUUAGUAGCGAAGAAGAGGAGGAGCCUUUAGAUCUGUAUUUAACACAGGAAAAUAUUGAAACAUCUACUGUAAUUGAUCACACGGACACUGCAAAACCUCAAAAGACAGAUGCAGAACCAGACCUUCAUGCAAAUGAGAACGAGUUGGUUAGUAGCGAAGAAGAGGAGGAGCCUUUAGAUCUGUAUUCAACACAGGAAAAUAUUGAAACAUCUACUGUAAUUGAUCACACGGACACUGCAAAACCUCAAAAGACAGAUGCAGAACCAGACCUUCAUGCAAAUGAGAAUGAGUUGGUUAAUAGCAAGGAACAGGAGAAUCCUCUAGAUCUGCCUGCAACACAGGAAAAGAAUGGAACAUCUACUGUAAUUGAUCUCACUGACACUGUCGACCCAAUAUUUAAUGCACAGAUAAAAGUAUUGGAACCUCAGGAUGCAAGGACAUUUUUUAAUGAAGUCUGCAAAACAAAUGGCAAUCAAGGGGAAAUGGUUGGUACCACUACUGCAUUAAAAACAAUGGAGUAUGAAACUACCUCUGAUGACACUUACUGCUGUCUUUCCUGCUGGAUAGGUAAAAUGAGUGGUUGCGAGUCCAAAUGCACACGCCAAGCAAAGGUUCAAUUAAACCUAGAUGAAGACUUGACUCCAAAAAAUAAAGAGACUGUCUACAUAAACCUUGAACUAGAAGAUAAAUCACCCAAACGACCUGUAAAAAAUGUUCCCGUGCGAUCUUCAUCUGAAGAUUCCUCUCCAGAAAAAGGGAACCCAAAUGAUUUGACAGUCAAGCUACCUGCCUGCACACCAGGUUUAAGAGAGGAGUCCAUGAAUCCCAGUAAUUCAGGUUCUGUGAAGAAUACAAAUGAAAAAUGCGAGGGAUUGGUUUCUUCAGAAGUGGGCAAUUCUACAGAUUACAACAACGAGAAACCCUUAAAGCAUUCAAAAACACAAAGCCAGAGUCUUCACAAAAGGUUAACUCAGUUGCAGCUCCCGUUUAAGAAAAAGAGACCUGCUGCCGAUGACAUGAGCGAGAACAGCAGUGCAGUGAAGAGACUAAAGCAUCACGAUGCCGAUCAAGAGGCCAGUAAGUCUUCUAAAAUGAGCAAGGAGCAUGAAGGAAACGGUGAGCAUUACAUGAAGUCAGAAGUGACUCCAGUGAAAACUACAGGGGGUCUUCAAUACAAGUUUGCUGUUUCUGAACAACAGAAAGGUGAACCAAGUCAUGAAAGAAAACGUAGGAGAGAAGAAGAAAAUCUGAAAUGUAGAAAAUCGAAGAGUGCUAAAAUGGAUAAUUCCGAAGACUAUGUGGUAUCCAGAACAAAGAAAGCUGAACAAGCUGUGACUACAAACGACAGUACAGUGAACCUGGUGUUGUUUGGUUCAAAAAACAAACAAGGGUCUGAACAUCCAAGUAGUUCAUCUGAAAGUGCAGUUUUGAGUCCUAAAAUUCCAAGACCCUUUGGUAACCGAAUGCGACCCCCUAAAGUGAUCAGUUUAAAACUUCCUUUGAAAAGGAUAGAAGAUGAAAAAAAAAAAUCUGCAAAAUAUGUUGAGAAUGGAAGUGACUACAAGGAGCAUUCAAAAAAGAGAAGGAAGAAGGAAAGGCACCAUGAAAUGAAGCAUGAUUCUAAAAACCUGGAUGGAAAAUAUAAAUGGAAGCCAGGCAGUUCUGAGCACCACAGAGUAAAAAAAGAUGGUCAUUUUGAUAAGUCCUUGGCUCAUUACAGAAUCCCUUCCCUUAAGGUAAGAUGGAAUCCAAGCAAGCACAAGUCCAAUGAGCAAUCUUCAUACACAAACGUGGGAAACGCAAGCGUGAAACCCAAUACAUUGGAUUACAGGGCAGUUCAGCAUGUAUAUGAGGAAAAUCCUUCAAAAGGCAGCAUCUCAAAAGAGAUUCCCAAACCUGAUUCUAGAAAAACCCAAAUGUCCAGUCAUGAAGCCAAUAAAAUGGCAUUUAGAAAACUUAAGUUCAAGGAUGGUGACCUAGCUAAGCGGUCUGGACAGCUUAAUCAAAGGAAAGUGCCACCCUUACGUUUAAUUAGGAAACCAAAGUGGCCCCCCAGUCUUCCAGAUGUUAAAGAGCAGGGUAAAUCUGAGAGCAAGAGCCCCUCUGCUGGAAAAGAUCUGCCUUCUGAUGCUCCAGCCUUGAAGGAACAGAAACUAUUGGAAUUCAAGCUCUGGCCUGAAACCUCGUCUAAUUUGUUCAACUUUCAAGACAAUGCAGAUUUAAAAACGGAAAAGAGUGCUGUGGGAGCUGUUGAUCAAAAGACAGGAAGCUCAAAAGCCACUUCAAUAUUGAAACGCAGCCCAAAGACACUGCCCUGGAAAGUCAAAGGUUACUGGAUACAGAACAGUGAUGUCUGCACUCCUCUUAAAGACCAAACUCCCUCUAAAGGAGGUCCCAAAUCUCCUACUAGCCCUGACCUUGGUAAAACGUCUGCCAACUGUACUUUUCUGGAGUACAAAAAGAAAUUUAUGGAAAAGGAAAACAAAGUUCAUGUAGCUUGAUGCAGUGCUCCGAGCACUGGAAAGAAACUGACUGCCAUAAAUGCAUCUUCUGCAGAUUAACUGGGGGAUUAUGUUCCUCUUGUGUUAAAUGUCUGAAACCUGAAGGCCUGCAAGAAUUCUAUGUAUUCAUAUAUACUGUGUAUAUCAAAAUGGGUUCAAGGUGUUCUGCACCUUUUUUUAAGAGUGUUACUUUGGCCUUGCUGAAUUUUUUCAGUGUGAAAUGUAUAAAACCAUUUGUCAUGUUACAAAAUGUAAAGAUUAGGGUUUGCUGCACAAUCAAAUGGUUAUGGUUGGAAUUUACUUGCCAGUACACAUUUUUACUGAUUUUCAAUGGAAUAGUAUUAGCUAGGAACCAGUGUUUACUUGGCCUUAUGUAAUGUUUUGUUUUUACUUUAUUAUUUGUCUUGUUGUUUUCAAUUGCUUUUUUCAUGAACAGUUUGUAUAAUAGUGUGCAACAUUGUAAAUCUUGCGACCAAUACUUUAUGUAAAUCUAUUUUUUUUUUUUUUUUACAGAACAUUGUUUACAAAAAUAAAGUGCAUUGCAUUAUA